AUGAGUGGAGAUUUCCUAAACAAGAAUCUAAGCAACUCAGCCUGGGAAACUAACACUACAUGGCCAAAUGAUACAUUUUGUGUCAUCAAGUUCCAGGCCAUGAGUUUGCUUUCCCUCAUCAUUUCCACAGUUGGGAUGGUACUAAAUGCCAUAGUGCUGUGGAUCCUCGGCUUCCAGAUGCACAAGAAUGCCUUCUCUGUCUACAUCAUCAACCUGGCUGCAGCUGACUUUCUCUUCCUGUGCUCUCAGUUUGUAAUUUGCCUUCAUAUUUUCAUUUACUUUUUCUACUCAACUGACAUUAAUAUCCCUUGGUUUUUUUAUAUUGUGUCAUUAUCUGCUUAUCUUUCUGGUCUGAGCAUUCUCAGCACCAUCAGCGUUGAGCGCUGCCUGUCUGUAAUAUGGCCCAUCUGGUAUCGAUGUAAACGUCCAAGACACACAUCAGCCAUCACAUGUUUUGUGCUUUGGGCUAUGUCCCUGGUGUUGGGAGUCCUGGGAGAGGUGGUAUGUGGUAUAGUGUUUAGUAGUUUUGACUAUUAUUGGUGUGAAAUACUUGAUAUCAUCACUACUGUAUGGCCAAUUGUUUUAUUUGUUGUUCUCUGUGCGUCCAGCCUCAUUCUGCUUGUCAGGAUCUUCUGUGGCUCACAGCGGAUUCCUGUGACGAGGCUGUGUGUGACCAUUGUACUCACAGUCCUGGUCUUCCUGAUCUUUGGUCUUCCCUUUGGGAUCUCUUGGCUACUCUAUCAGUUGGUUAUCAAUAUUCAUAGUAUUCAAAUUUGCAGUAUUUAUCAAGAGACACUAUUCCUAUCCUGUGUUAACAGCUGUGCCAACCCCAUUAUUUACUUCCUCGUUGGCUCCAUUAGACACCGUAGGUUCAGGCGGAAGACUCUCAAGCAAGUUCUGCAGAGAGCCACACAGGACACCCCUGAGGAGGAAGAAGGUGGAGAUAAGAGCUCUUCAGAACACCCUGAAGAACUUCAAACAGUUCAAAGCAGCAACUGA